AUGUCUGAUGACGAAGAGUACUAUGAUGAAUACGACGAAGAUAUCUUCUGGAUUGAGGAACCGGACCCCGAGAUCGCUGAUGACCUCGCCGCAACCGCAGUCUAUGAUGCUCUCUUCUUCGAGGAUCCGUCACUCGAGGUAGAAGAAUACUUCAGCGACUGGGACGACCAAUCCGACGAUUACUACGACGAAGACCCAACCGCCGUACGCCGCCAGCGAGCAAUGGGCCUCUGGCCCAACAAAUACAACAUCAAAGAAAUCAACGACAUCCUCACCGCGAAGCAGAAACUUUCAGCCCCAGAUGGACCCAUACCCAAAGAGACCCUCCCCGAGACAGACAUCGCAUCGUUUCAGGGCACGGUAUGGAAAACGCCCCACGACGACAAUCCACCCCGCAAACUGUACGAACCCGGUGAUGGAGAGAAGGUAGCCCUCCUGAAGAAUUGGCGCGAGGUAUUCCGGUCGUCGCAUCCUGCGAUUGGACGGGUAAGGAUGCGGAAAGUUGGCUCCGAUAUGGCACCUCCUCGAGUGCCGGUGGUGACUAAGAGGGCGGAUACCGGUUCCGAUGAUACGUCUACUGCGUCGUCGUUGGACAGCCUUCGCGAGACUGAUGCUGGAUCUGAUGGUUUCUCGAAAACUACCACUCCGGCUGAGUCGUCGCUCUCUCCGCCGUUGACGGUGCAUUCGCAUAGGGUGAUCAAGUCAGCUUCUGAUUUGCCAGUUAAUUCUAAGAUGCUCGAGCAUGAGUUUCCUAUUGAGGCGCCUGAGACGUACGAUGAUCCAAUGGGAAUGGAACCGGAGUCAUCUGAUCUGCAAACUGCACCAAUGCAAGAGCAUGAGUUUAGCCCAAAGAAACCUAAUUCCGUAACCGCGCCAUCUACCAGGACAAGGAAACGGAAGGCGUCCGAUGCACUUGACCAACCGGACGCAGACAAAAAUCAUACUACCACCAGAUCGAAGAGAAUCGCAUCAAAGAAAGUGGGUGGAACCGCAGACGCUCCAGCGGCGUCAGGCCCUGUACGGAGAUCCACCAGAAACAAGGCUAAGAAUUAG